AAGUCGCCAGGUCAUCACAGGGCUGACACAUAGACACAGACAACCAUUCACACUCACACCUACGGUCAAUUUAGAGUCACCAGUUAACCUAACCUGCAUGUCUUUGGACUGUGGGGGAAACCGGAGCACCCGGAGGAUACCAACGCGGACAACAUGCAAACUCCACACAGAAAGGCCCUCGCCGGCCACAGGACUCGAACCCAGGACCUUCUUGCUGUGAGGCGACAGCACUAACCACUACACCACCAUGCCGCCCCUGUUGUUGUAAUGUUGUAUUUAAAUUUUCCCCGCUUUUCAUUGCAACAGGUACACAUUGUUUGUUUGCAUUGUAUUGCAUGGCAUUGCAUUGCAGCCAAUGAGUUCAAAGAGGUUGGCCAGACAGACCUACACAAAGGAAUGGAAGAGGUGCGAGAGGUGUUGAAUGUGUGAGCACUGGUGCAUGCCCAGCUGGAUGCAGGAGAUGCAGCAAACAGGGCAGAGCAGGCUGCGCGAGAUGCAGCAAGCAGGGAAGAGCAGGCUGCGUGAGAUGCAGCAAGGACAGGCCAGGCUCUGCAAGAAGCAGAGCAACAACAUCAUGGACCUCAACACAUACCAGAGAUACAACCGGCGGAGAUUGAAGAACAGCCUGAGUUCAUGGCAGAGCCAACAAGUUCAGUCAGCAGCUCGGAGCAGGACAGCAGCAGUCCCUCAACCCAUGUCAGUCCAGCACCCAGCCGUCAGACAUUGGAAGAGUCGUACAUUGAGGAACAAAUAUCAUCCGACCCAGUUGAGGGAAUGACCCAUGGCGAAGAGGAGGGGGCUUCAGGCAUGGCUACCGUAAUAAGGCUCCUGGAGGAACAAAAGAGGCUCCUAUUGAGGACGACGGAUGACACAAAAAGAACCAUGGAAGAGCACAUGGGGAGAAUGACUAGGAGAAUGGAGGCUAUGGAGAGGAGGAUGGAGGCUAUGGAAAGGAGGAUGGAGGGUAUGGAGAGGAAGUCAGAGACGUUGGAGGCUGCCGUGGUCUCGUACCCGCCUCAGCCUCCUCUGCAGGAAGAUGUGCUGUUGGGCCUAUGCAGCACAGUGGAGGAGCUGGAGGAGCUAGACAGGAGUCUGGCUCAACCAGAAAGAAGGAACCAAAUGAAACGUUUCUUUGAAAGCCUGGGAGGGGCGAAUCUGGGGGCAGCCAUUCGUCGCAUUCUACGCCAGGUGGCUACCAACAAUGUCCUGGAGCAGUACAGCCUGAGGGGGAGGAGAGCAAAAAAGCCUUUCCAGAACUUAACCCUUUGCAAAAUUAUAAUGGAGGCCUGCAUGCAGAACUUCCUUGGCAAGAAGGUAGCUGAUAUUGAGGAGUGCAUUGGGCAUGCACUGAAGUUUGCACCACACAGACGGUCAGCUGGUCCUCAAGAUUGAAGAAGUACACCAACUUCUAUGCACACGCACCCGUUUUUGGCAUUUCUAAAAUUUGUUUUCUUAUUUUUUGCCUUUAUUGUAUUUUAUUAAGAAAUAGCUUUCAUAAUUGUUUAUAGUUGUCAGAUGUUUUAUAAUGUAUAAUAAUGUUGCACUGUGUUGCUGAUGUCCUUACCAAUGUUGUAUUCUUGAUAUUUUUUCUAUCAAACUUUCUAGUCCUGCAACAUUUUCCUGGUCAUUCAUCACUGCUUAUAUGUUCUGAAGUAAAUAGUUGUCAUGCAACCAAAACUUUUACAAUGAAUUACAUACUACAGAAAUAUGACAACAUUAUGGUGUGGGAAACAACAUUGGGGGAACACUGAGGGAACCAAACAUGUAACCAACGAGGUUACUAGAAUGUUGUAGGGGAACCUUGUGGGAACCAACACGUAAUAAACAAGGUUGGGGGAACAUCAGGAGCACGUCUAGGGAACCAGACAUGUAACCAACAAGGUUAUGGAAACGUUGAGGGAACAAACAUGACAUGAACAAGGAUAAAGGGACGGUGUGAGAACGGUGAGGGAACCAAAUGGGAACCACAUGAGUAACGUUCUGGGAACCAAAAUUAAACUUUCCUGCCAACCAAGUGACAAUCUAAACAGAACCAAAAAUGACUUUCAGGGAACGUAGCCGGAACCAAACUGGAACCAAAGGCUCGUGUUCCAGGAACGUUCUGGGAACCAAAAAUUGUUAGUAGGGCAGAAGCACGGCAGGCCAGAACUGAGUUCUCAAUGAACUAUUUAUUGCUAGCUUUUCAGCUUUUUAUCACUUCCCAGCCACGUGCACACACACACACGUGUUCUGGUUGGGGAGAGAGAGCUCCCUUUCUCUGCUCUCCUCUCCUCUCCUUUUAAAGGGUGUGGUCACUGGGGAAGAUACACAAACACAGGUUAAUCCCCAUCAGGUGCAAUGAUUCCACCACUUACCUUCCCUAACUCCGCCCUCCAUUCACAGACCACCGCUUGGCCACGCCCCCGCUGCCACAUCACGUUAUCAAAUUCAAUAGAUGUGGCCACAUUAUUGUCCAUUUAAACACGUGUUUUUGUUGUUGUUUACAUCUAAAUCUGCCAAAGCUACGUUGCGAUGUGGAAUUUUCUGAGAGGUGUACAGAAACCGCCAGAGACGGGGACAAAGCGACCUCGGUCUGAAGAGGAGAAUAGACAAAGGACUUAUAAGCAAACGUGGGAGCAGGGUAGGCCUUGGCUGCGAUAUGAUUUUUAUGGAAUAAUUAAUUUUUUUCAAGUUGAUUCCUAGUCAAUAUGAAGCUCCUAAUGAUUUCUCUCUCAUAAAUGGUUAAAUACAGAAAGCAUGUUGGACAUAUUUUGGGUGCUAUAGUCAUGAUAGUAAGUAUGUUUGCUUUCAAUACUCAUACACCAAGUUGCCAAGUUUUCCAAUAUAUUAUUAUUUGUUGAUAUUAUAUUAUGGUG